AUGGUUGGCCAGGAUGAGGACGACAUCAUGCUGGAGCUGCACAUCGCUCUCGCGUUCGCGAGGCGUCACAACGCCUUCCUCGUCGAACAUCUCGUGACCCUUCAACACGAGAGAAAUGCACUACGUCGAAGGGUUCGCCAGCUUGAGGCCCGCGGAGUCGUCCCCGCCGUCCCCGACGUCGCACCCGACGUCGUCCCCGCCGUCUCCGUCCCCGCCGUCCCCGUUCCCGUCCCCGCCGUCUCCGUCCCCGCCGUCCCCGUCCCCGCCGUCCCCGUCCCGCCGUUCCCGCCACCCCCGUUGUCCCCCCCCCCGUUGUCCCCGUCCCCGCCGCACCCGCCGUCACACCCGCCGUCGCACCCGCCGUCGCACCCGCCGUCGCACCCGCCGUCGCACCCGCCGUGGCCCCCGCCGUCUUCCCCGUCCCCGUCCCCGUCCCCGCCGUCACUCCCGCCGUCCCCCUUGUGGGGCAAUCUGGCCCGCAUGAACUUCGGCAUGUGGGAUAUUACUUGCAUUUCCACCCUCAACGCCGCCCAUCAUCUCCGUCUUACCGCCCUUUCGGGUGAUAUAUGUGCGGCGAAGGUUUACUACACCAUCUAUUUCUUCCAUGUCCACGGUUUGCUGCGGCGUCACGAAGCUGCUCGCUACAUAGUUCGAUACUACGCUGGAGACUCCCUCUACCUCCCCGACGACACCCAACUCAGAGUCCUCAAGGGUCUUGCACACAAGGGCAAAAGAAUGGCGAGGGAACUUGGUCUCCUCGCAGGCUCCACUCCACAGCCCCUCCUCGACGUUUACCACGCCACCAAGUUCCCAUUCCUCCAUGGCUUGGACUGCGACGACGACGAGAGCAUCGAUUACUCCUUGUAUAUAGACUAG